AGCACCCCCAGUGCGUUUGACGUAGCUGUCUGCUGACGUACACUUUUGUGUUUGUAUGCAGCUGCGAGCAGGCAGGAAGAUCGACUGCAGCGCUAUCCGUCAAGAAGAAGCACCAACCAAGAGGAAAUGCUCUGAAAUCUAACAAGUUUCUUCACUGCAGACCCCAGAACUGCGAGGUGCCAUGGCGGUGUGUGCUCUAGCGAUGCUGGAGGAAGGCUUCGGAGACGAGGUGACUCUGAUCGGCGGUGUGUUCCUCCUCGUCCUUGCCAUGGUCCUUGCCUGGCUCUCGACGCAUGUGGCCGAGAACGGUGACCACAUGAUAGGCACCAUCAUCUCCGGCGUCGCCUCAGUGCCACUGGUUGGUCUGGGGAACUCUGAUCCCUACAGACGGGCGACAGCCAGCUCCGACCCCGUGGAGCCCCAGCCCCCCACACACUUAGUGGACAAGCCAGAGGAUGAGGCCUCCGGACUGGGCUCUGCAGGUGGGGGGGAGGACGCAUCCCUGGAGGAUGCCACCGGGCCAACUGGACCAGCUGUCAGCGCUGUAGACCAGCAUUUGGACAUUCAGGGUCUCCACAAACGGACCGUAGCACAGAGUCCUGCAUCCACUCCCAUUCCCUUCAGUCUGCCCUCAGAGGAGAGCCAGGACACGGAGAGGGGAAAGCACACAGGAGGAACGACAACAACAUCCUCCUCCUCCUCUGCCGCAGACAUCAAAGUGCGGCUGAAGUUUCUUAACGACACGGAGGAGCUGGCUACACUCAGGCCCCAGGACACCAUCGGCCUCCUGAAGAGCAAAUAUUUCUCUGGGAAGGAGCGUCAGAUCAAGUUGAUUUUCCAGGGCCAGUUGCUCAGAGAUGCCAGUCAGACGCUGCUUUCUCUAAACAUCACCCACAACAGUGUCAUCCACUGCCACAUCUCCCAGACCCCACCAUCAGAGGGCACUCUCUCAGAGGUGGAGCCCAGGUCUGGUGGGGUGUCCCUGGGCUCGCAGGCGGAGGGGAGGCUGGGUCCUGCAACUGGAUCUGGGGCGGUCACAGACGGAGGACUGGAUGUGAGCGUGGGUAGUCUGGUGGUGCCCAUGUUUGUGGUGAUGCUAGCGGUAAUCUGGUAUUGCCGCAUCAACUACAGACAGCUGUUCACUGCGCCGGCCACCGUAUCCCUAGUGGGGGUCACCCUCUUCUUCAGCGUCUUAAUCUUUGGCAUGUACGGACGCUGAGACACCCACGGGGUGCAUCACGGAGAGAAGCUAUGGUGGUGACAUUAAAGGGGUUGCCAGAUUGGAGCGAGGUGGGGAUCUGCUUGCCCUUGAGAGCAAGUAUGAGUCUUUUCAGGCAUGGCCGUGUUUUGUAUUUUUUAUGGCAUGUGAAGGACGGCAGCAUGUGUCCAGAGAGGGUAAUGUUAUUUAAAAAAAAAAAAAAAAAAUGAAAAAGGAACAGGCUUUUCUAAUGUGGACUUUGAAUAUUGAUUGUGUUGGAAUUCCUGCAGUCGAGGAACAAGUGCAACUUUACUCAUGAAACAUCUCAUAACUAAAUACCAGUGUUGGGUGAAACAGGGUCAUUACGGUCAUCAUCAGCUACAGUCUACGGCACUAACUUCUAAGACCCAUGUCAGUUAUGGCAACUUGCUUUGCAACCACUUCCUUAAAUUCAAGCUUCACUCUCGCUGUUUAGUGCGUGUAACAAGGAUGCCUUAAGGUAAUGGUGUAUGGGAAAAAUACUGUAAAAUGACAGGCAUACUCUGUCACACACAUAACCCGUUAGAAUUCUGAGAUAUCUCAGACACCAUAGUGCCAUACGAGGACGUUAACUUACAUGGUUUCCAUACUGUGUGUGGAGCUUAUUUCAUUAGAGUGAAAUCUUGUUGUCGCCUGUUGACUUUGUGUACUCAUUCUGAUGUGAUUAAAGACUGGAAAUCA